CUCCGGUCUUCAGUUCUUUAUUGAAUUAUACUUAUUUAUUUAAAAAAUAUUAAGUUUUGAUAAAGUCCUAACACUGCAAACAAAUCGGUGAAGUGUUUUAAUUUGUGACGUGAAAAUAUCCAUUUCAUUGGAAAGCAUAAAUCGUUUGUUUACAACUCGUGCUUCGUGAAUCAUUUAUUUACACUUAAGAACUACUUCUUUUCAAGUAAUUGAUCUUUUAGGUACAUUAAUUGUUUAUAAAGAAUCAAGUUGAAAAAUAAUUAAUAUAAAUUAUUGUAGUGAAAUAAAGACAGUGUGAGAGAAAAAAUGCCGAGCUUUAAUUAUAAUAACUAUCCGAAAAACUACGGCGCGACCGGUAUCGGGCUCGUGAAUCUAGCUGCGCUCGGUUACGCAGAUGGCGAACAACGUGAAAAAAAGCCAGUUGGAUUGUAUCCUGCAUUGCCGUAUCCAGCAGCAGCUAACUUAUCGUAUGUGCCAACAGCACCUUCUGGAACAUCUCCGUAUCCAACAUUACCAUAUCCGUCGUCAGCACCAUAUCCAACUUCAACUCCAUACCCAUCGUCAACACCGUAUCCAGGAUCUGCCCCUUACCCUACUAAUAUGACAAUGCCAACACCUUAUGGCAACGCACCUUUUCCAAGUGCCCCUUCAAUACCUUCUCUUCCAUAUCCUGGAAGUUCUUCUUUCCCAGGAAUGCCUAUGCCCUAUGACACUGUGUCGCAAAAUUCACAAAGUUCUGGCUAUGCCAGUCUGUAUCCUUCUAUUCCUUCCUUACCAGAUACUGACGGAUCAUUUGCUAGGCCAGAUUUUCGCAAUCCACCAUCAAAUGUUUAUCCAACUUUGAAAACUGACGAUGAUUCCGACAUAUCUGUACCAUCACAGGCAGAAGAACCAUCGGUUGGUAUCCCAGAGAUACCUUUUCAUACCGUCAAUGUACCGGAAAAUGAGAAUAUGUUUUGGCUUGGCGAAAAAGCUAGUGGCUUACGUGUUCAUUCUGAUGUUCAGGAUUUUGAAAGUCUUCGCGAACAGUGCCUCUCAUCGGGUUCUCUUUUUGAAGAUCCCAUGUUUCCGGCUAAUGACGAAUCACUCAUGUUCUCACGUCGUCCAGAUCGUUAUGUUGAAUGGAUGAGACCACAUGAAAUAUGCGAUGAUCCUCAAUUCUUUGUCGAGGGUUAUUCGCGUUUUGAUGUACAGCAAGGUGAAUUGGGCGACUGCUGGUUGCUUGCAGCAGCCGCAAAUCUUACUCAGGACCAAAACCUAUUCUUUCGUGUUGUGCCAAUUGGUCAGGAUUUUGACAACUAUGCUGGUAUAUUUCAUUUCUGUUUCUGGCAAUAUGGGAAGUGGAUUGAUGUUGUUAUUGAUGAUAGACUUCCAACUUAUCGUGGAGAACUACUUUACAUGCAUUCGUCGGAGAAAAACGAAUUCUGGAGUGCACUUCUGGAAAAGGCUUACGCUAAACUUCAUGGUUCCUAUGAGGCGCUUAAAGGUGGUACUACAUGCGAAGCUAUGGAAGAUUUCACUGGUGGAGUAACAGAAUGGUAUGAUCUCAAAGAAGCACCUCCAAAUCUAUUCAAUAUUCUUGGCAAAGCUGCCGAGCGUAACUCUAUGAUGGGUUGCAGUUUAGAGCCAGAUCCAAACGUAACUGAAGCUGAGACCCCACAAGGCCUGAUUCGUGGCCACGCGUAUUCCAUAACGAAAGUGGCUCUCGUUGAUAUUGUAACACCAAAUCGAACAGGAAAAAUUCCAAUGAUUCGUAUGCGUAAUCCAUGGGGUAACGAAGCUGAAUGGAAUGGUCCGUGGAGUGACAGUUCGCCCGAAUGGCGCUAUAUCCCAGAGGACCAAAAAAUCGAAAUUGGUUUGACAUUCGAUAAGGAUGGCGAGUUCUGGAUGUCAUUCCAAGAUUUCUUGAAUAAUUUUGAUCGUGUCGAGAUUUGCAAUUUAUCACCAGAUUCACUUACUGACGAGCAACAGAAUAACGGCAAACGCAAAUGGGAAACUUCCAUGUUUGAGGGUGAAUGGACAGCUGGUGUGACAGCAGGAGGCUGUCGUAAUUUCCUUGAGACAUUUUGGCAUAAUCCACAAUAUGUUAUCAACUUGGUUGAUCCCGAUGAGGACGAUGACGAUGGAAAAUGUACUGUUAUUGUUGCAUUGAUGCAGAAAAAUCGUCGAUCGAAACGAAACCAAGGCAUGGAAUGCUUAACUAUUGGUUUUGCUAUUUACCAUUUAACUCCGCGGGACUUGGGUACAAAACCCCAACCAUUGAGUUUCUUCAAAUAUCGGGCAUCUGUUGCACGUUCACCACAUUUUAUUAACACUCGUGAGGUUUGUGCCCGCUUUAAGCUACCUCCUGGUCAUUAUCUUAUCGUACCCUCAACUUUUGAUCCCAAUGAAGAGGGAGAGUUUAUUAUUCGUGUGUUCUCUGAGACGCAGAAUAAUAUGGAAGAGAACGACGACCAUGUUGGAUAUGGAGAUGUGGAUGACAGGGUUGGCAAUUAUGAUGGAAGAAAUAAUGGUGAUGGCUAUCCCGAAGUUGCCCCAAGCAUUCCUUUACAGCCUCUCGAUCCACAAAGAGAAAGCCUGCGGCGUUUAUUCCAAAGCAUUGCUGGAUCUGAUCAAGAGGUUGAUUGGAUGGAAUUAAAACGAAUCUUGGAUCAUUCGAUGAAAGACGACUUGCCAAAACAUCCGUCAAAUGGUUUUAUGCAAACAUCUAAUAAUCAGUUUGCAAGUGGAGGUCCUGGAUCUGGAAAUAAUGAUGAAGAUGGGGGCGGCGGCGUCGGUGGAGGAGGGGGCAUGGAUUUGUUUGCCUUGCUCUGUGGUCCUUUCUGCAAAGGAACUCCUCUUGAAGGAGUACUUGGUUUGGACCAACAACAGCAGUCUUACACUAGUGUGAAUCCAUUAAAUGCAGAUCCUGUAAUGUUUGAAGACAAUACCGGCUUCUCCAAAGAUGUAUGUCGUUCAAUGGUAGCUAUGCUUGAUGCCGAUCAAUCGGGAAAGUUAGGCUUCGAAGAAUUUGAAUCACUCCUGAACGACAUUGCGAAAUGGAAAGCUGUGUUUAAACUCUACGAUACUGAAAAUACAGGACGAAUUGAGGGUUUUCAAUUAAGAGAUUCCCUUAAAGCAGCAGGUUACCAAAUUAAUAAUCGAAUACUCAAUGCAUUGGCACAUCGUUAUGGAUCGAGGGAUGGUAAAAUUGCAUUCGAUGAUUUUCUUAUGUGUGCAGUAAAAAUUAAAACAUACAUAGAUAUCUUCAAGGAAAAGGACACAGAAAAAAGUAACACAGCCACAUUCAGCAUGGACGAAUGGAUAGAAAAGACAUUAUAUUCGUAGAAUCUAUCAAGCAACAUAAAACAUCAUACACAACAAACGAUUAUCUCUUCCACGUUAUAAGUUCAAACCAAACAACUUCCUAAAUAUUUUAACUAAAGUGCUUUAAAUCUGCAGUUCAGUGAAUCUCUGUCGAACAAAUACAAUAAGUUUAUUAGAUCUUACCUAGCUAAAAAUGCAUUUCAUGUGCAAUUUGUGGUGCAAAUUGUUUCUUGAGUGGAUAAAACCUUCCCACAUUUUUCUAUCUCAUCUUUCUUGAAAAGCUUCAAAUUAAUUUUUUUAUUGGAAAAACUGUGAUGAGACCCCAAAAUGCUGAAUAGAUAAAAAUUAACAAUCGAAAUUGAGGAACAUGGACUACCGAUUGUAAAAUAGGAAUAACGAAUAAAUGUGUUCUCAUAUUAUUUAUCAGCAUUGCAAGUCUACAUCCAAUAUCAUCCAGUAGAAAAAAGAACAUUUUAACACAAACGCGACACUUAGUGGUUGCGUUUAUCCAACAGCGCAGCAUUCAACAAAAACUCAGUAUAUUUACAUGAUUAUACCAAAACAAAAAUAGAAUUUACUUAAUAUUCUCUUAAGUAAUUUUUGCAUUUGAUUUUCUCUUCUUAAGUUUAAUUGAGUCUAUUUUUGAUACAGUUUUGUUUUAUUUGUUGUUAAACUAACCUUAUUACUAACUAUUAAACAGUCGGUUCUCUCUUUUUAUUUGUAUUCUAAAGUUGAAUUUCAAUUGUUUAUUUACUAAAACUUAUUAUUAUUAAUAUUUAUACAAAUAAAUAAUUGCCAAAAAACUUUAA